AUGAAACGUGUGGAAAUAGUCAUUCAAAGAAAAUUUAUUACGAAAAGUAAAAGUCAUUCAUCAAUUCAAGUACCAACUCAUAAAGAAUCAUCAUCCGCAUUAUUAAGUGGAUUACCUCCAGUUUCUGGUGGUUUUAGUUAUAUUCAACCGGGUGGAUUUAGUGCAUUUCGUAGCAAUGCAAUUGUUAAAAAACAACAAAAAUUAUUAAAAGAAAAAGGAGAAGAAGAAGGUGGUGAUCCUAAUACUACUAAUGCUAAUACUAUUAAUAUUGACAGUAUUAGUUCUAUUAGUAGUUGCGGUGGUAGUAGUGGAUUUUUAAAUUUUAGAAGAUCAGGUACAACAACAACUACAACAACAAAUACAUCAUCUGAAGAAGAUUUAUCAAGUUGUGGUAUCGAUAAUAAUAAAUAUAAUAAUAAUAGUAGUAAUAAUACCGUAUUACCUGGUUUUUUAAGAGGUGGAAUAAGAAAAAGUUAUACACAGAUCAUGAGACCAGAGCAAGGUCAAAUUGCUAAAACUGGUUCAAUUGCGGAACGAUUGGCUGCUCUACAAAAAAGUGGUGAAGAUGAUUGGCGUAAACGAAUCUCAAAACAACGUGAUGAAGUCGAUGAAAUACGAAGAGAAAAUUUUGUUAAUGAUGCCCUUACGAUGGCACAUUCAUUAUCAGAAAAAUCUGCUCCAGCAUCAAAUUUAAUUAUGGGAUCAAUUGAAGGUGGAAAUGUACAAGAGCGCGUCGGAAAAUUAAAAUCAUCAUCAGAAAAUUGGAAAAAUCGCAUUGAACAAUCAGAUGCAUCACAGUUUACAGUUGCAGGACGACUGCAAACAAAAUCACCAGUAAAAUUACAAUUUGAACGAAUUGAUUCACGUAAACCGCACAAAAAAAUUUUACGAAGUGCAAAUCAACCCCUAUUAGGUUUAGCUAAAAGUCCAUCAAUGAUGGUAACGUCCCUAGUCAAUACAAAAACAGCGACAACAAAUAUUAAUAACAGUAAUGGAAUAACCCAAAAUACUCAAAAUCAGCAACAAAAUAAACAUAAUAGUUUUCAUUUAACACGUAGUAUAAGUAUUAAUGUAAGCCAAAAUGAGAAUGGUAAUGGUCGUAGAAGUGAUAGUAGUUCAAGUAAUAGUGAUUCAGAUUCAGAUAGUCGUGGUUCAAAAGAAAAUCAUAAAAAUCAUUUAAAUGGUCAACCAAUGAAAAAAGGAUCCAAAGUUACAGUACCAAAAUUAGAUGAUGAAGAAACAUUUUCAAAAUUCUUUUCAUCAGCUUCAGUUAAUCAACUUUUAUCCGAUGAUUCUAAUAAAUUUACAACAAAUUCUAAUGAAAAAUCAAUAAAUUCAAUUGUGAUUAAAGAAGAAGAACCUGUUGAAAUUUCAGAUUUUGAUAGUAUUAAAUCAACAACACGUUUAAUUAAUAAGAAAGUUGUUCAGGGACCGAAAGGUAGAAGAGCAGCAAAAAAUCCACUUAAAGCUUUAGCAGCACGUGAAGAUCUUCAAACUGAAUAUACUGAAAUUAAAACAGGUGCUGCAGAAAAAGAAUUAAAACGUAUGAAAUUAGAGGCAUUCGGUCGCACAAAUAAUUUGGCAGCAGAAGCGAUUGCAGGUUUAGCCAGUGUUGAAGAUUUUAAAUCUGUUAAUUUAAAAUCAAGUUCAUUACCUUUAAAUCAAAUGUGGCUCCCAUAUAAACCUUUAAUGUUACUUCAUGUUAAAGGUCGUACACAUGUUCAAACCAGAUUAGUUGAACCAAUUUACACAUCAUUAAAUCGUGGCGAUUGUUUCAUUUUGAUAACACCUAACAAACUUUUCCGUUUUGUUGGAUCAUUUUCUAAUGUAAUUGAAACUGCACGAAGUAAAAAGAUUUGUGCUUCAAUAAUUGAAAAUCAUGAUUUGGGAUUUAAUGGCAAUACAGAAUUAGUAUUAAAUGAUGGUAAAAGUUCAAUACAUUGGAAAGAAUUUUGGAAAUUACUUAAUAAACCUGAUGAUUAUGAAUUACCAAAUAGUGGACAUGCAGAUGAAGAUGAUCUUUUUGAGGCCAGUUUAAUUGAAACAAAUAAAAUUUAUGAAUUUUCAGAUGAUUCUUUGGUACCAAUGGAUAAAUAUUGGGGUUGUAUACCAAAAAUAGAAAUGCUUGAACCAAAAAAAGUGAUUGUAUUUGAUUUCGGUGGUGAAAUGUAUAUAUGGAGUGGUAAAAGUGCUCAUCGUGAUGCUAAACAAGCUGCCUUAAGAUUAGCACAAGAACAGUUUCAAACAUCUGGUAUCGACUACGAAAAUUGUUAUUUAAAUCCGAUUAAUUUUUCUAAAAUUGCUGGAGAUAGAGUUGUAUAUAAAAAUAUAAAAACAAUUGAAAACCGUGGUGAAUGGUGUUUGAUUGGAAAAAUUACACAACAUACCGAAACAAUUUUAUUCAAAGAGAAAUUCGCUGAUUGGCCAGAAUUUAAAGGUGAAGAUUUAGAUAAAGAUUAUUUAGCAAAUGGUAUUUUUGCUAUUGGUGCUUUAAAUGGUGCUGAUUUAUACAAAGGUGAACCUUACACAGAACCAAAUUUAGUUUUAGAACACGCUAAUUUAGGUCGCGGUAAUUUUUAUUAUGAUUACGAUACAAUGCGUCAUUUUGAAAUUCUAACUAAAUCGAUCUCAAUGUGGGAAGUUUACGAAUCUACUUUUGAAAAAUCAAAUCAGGAAAGUUAUAAUCAUUUCUAUAGUGCUGAAUCUUAUAUAAUUCGUUGGAUAUAUCAAAUAUCAGUGAAUGUACGAGAAUUAAGUGGCAAAAUAUCGCGUCAUAGUAGUACGGUGGGCCGAGAUCGUUGCGUAUACUUUUGUUGGCAAGGUAUUGAUGCAUCUGCAAAUGAAAAAGGUGCUGCUGCUUUACUUACAGUUGAAUUAGAUAAUGAAAAAGGAUCUCAAAUGCGUGUAGCUCAAGGUGAUGAAUUUCCAGCUUUUGUUCGUUUAUUCAAAAUUAUGUUCCAACAUAAAGGGAAACGAGAUGAAUGUUUACAAAAGCGAUCAAAAUGGAGACUUUGGAUUCUUUUGGGUAAUGAAGACUCAGAAAUUAUAUUAAAAGAAGUUAACUGUGAUGCUAAACAAUUGAGAUCAAGAGGCUCUUUAUUAUUAAUUAAUGGUAGAUUGGGUUUAAUUUAUUGUUGGUUCGGAAGUCAAUGUUCUGAGCACACAAAAAAUCUAUGUAAAUUGGCAGCAAAUGACAUUAAAGAAAAGAAAUAUGAAGAUAUAUUCAUUAAUUCAGGUAUAUCUAUAGUUACUAAAAUUAAAAUCGAAGAAUUUAAUGAAGGAACUGAAAAUUUUGAUUUUAAAAAUGCUUUAAAUAUUACAUUAUCAAUAAAACGAGAAUCAUAUGGAAGUUUAAUGGCAAUAUUAAAUAAAAAUUUCGAUUAUACACCAAGACUUUUUCAUUUUUCAAGUACCCAGGGUGUAUUUAAUGCAACAGAAAUGUUAUAUAAUUUUAGAAGUAAAGAAACAUGCAGUCCAUUCCCAUUUACCCAAAAUCAAUUAUACAAUGCAAGGCAACCGACUAUAUUUAUGAUUGAUAAUGGUGAUUUAUUAUGGAUAUGGAUGGGUUGGUGGCCACUUGAAGAUGUAAAAGUAAAAGCUGAAAAAGAAAUUAAUGAUCGUGAUAGUCCAACAAGUAAUGACAAUAGAGCUGGUGUAACAAGAUGGAUUGCUGAAAGAAGAGCUGCUUUACAAACUGCUGUAAAAUAUUGGAGAGCUAAAUUUGGAGAUUCAGAAGAAAAAUUCCAUGGCAUCCGAGGAAAUGUUGUUUGGGCAGGACUUGAACCAAUUGAAUUUAUUUCAUUAUUUCCUGAUUGGAUAUAUCAUGAUGACAUAAAAGAUAUUAAUUUACAAGAUAAUCGACCAAUACAACCUGAAACAAUCACUAAAAUUCUUAUCGAUUUAACACAAACAGAAUAUCCACUUUCUGUUUUAAAAGUAAGACCACUACCAGAAGGUGUUGAUCCAACUAAAUUAGAAUUAUAUUUAAAUCCAAAUGAAUUUGUUGAAGCACUCGGAAUUAAAAAAGAUGAAUUCGAUCAAUUACCAUUAUGGAAACAGACAAAUCUGAAAAAAGAAAGGGGACUUUUUUAAUAAUAAAUGAAAAGGAAAAAAAAAUUUAAAAACGAAAUAAAAAAAAAUAAAUAAUUUUUAUUCUCCCAAAACAUAUUUUAUACCUUUUAUAAACGUAUAUAUAUUGUCAUUUCUUUUUUAAAUUAUAAAUUUAAAUAAAAUAAAAUUUAUAAUUCAUAUUACAUUUUAUAUAAUAUACAUAUUAUAUAUACAUCAUAAAAUAUUAUAUUAAUUAAUUAAAUAUUAUACAUCAAAAUUUACACAAAUUCAAAAAAAAAAAAAAUUA